UUUCCGUUAAAGCAUCUCGAGGGACCUAAAUUUUUGAUAUGUGAUCACGGCACUUGAACUCAGCAGUAAUCCCCUGAUUUGUCAACAUGGCGGCCGUCAAAUUUCGUCCACAUUUGAAGGAACUCCGAAUUCUUUUAUGUCAAACGUCGAAGUCUAGUCAAGGAGUGAGAGAUUUUAUCGCGUCUCAGUAUGUUCCCCUGAAGGUUGCGAACCCACAGUUCCCAGUUUUGAUAAGGGAAUGUUCGAAUAUCGAGCCCAGGCUAUUCGCCCGAUAUGAAUUUGGCAAAGAGGCAUCGGCGUCCCUCGCUAAUCUAAAAUCCGAAGAAAUUCUCAAAAAAGUUGAGCAAUUCGCCUCCACGAAUCCUUGAAACUCUGGGCCCUAGCCUAAUUCUCCCAUGUAUCAUAAUUAACGUUAGUACACAAUAUAAUAAAAUAGAAUAUUACGUCUCGUAA